CGCCACUUACAGCUUUUGCCAGGAUUUAACAAGUGGCCGUUGAAUGUUUUUGUUUAAUUCAAAACAACAAAAAUAAUACAACAUUGUUAUAAGCAUACCAUUGAUUCUGCUCAUUUGAGAAGAUUAUUUUACCAACGUUAACUAACCGAAUUUCAAGGAGGAACUAAAUUGCUUUUUCUUGUUCUGUCGGUCGUGGUGCGCACGUUUAUUGUUUACACGGCAACGGGAACGCAGAACGUUGUGAACGUAGUUAGUGAGAAAUCCUGCUGUCAGUAUGCUGCAUUAUCUGAUUGGAGCUCGAUAUCUUACUACUUUAUCGACCUAGCUACCUCGGUUCAUUAUAGAUGUUUAUGGAUUUUAUUUAACGUUAGCCUUACAUAAUAAUUCUGAUUCGCUUUUGGUGUUAUAAGUUAGCUAGUUACUCAUAGCUAGCGACAAACUAGUCAGCUCUACAAUUAGAGCUAAUGUAAGCUGGCUAGAUAGCUGACUGACAAUCAGAGUUAGCUAACUAGCUAGCCAAAAUAUCCUUGUUCAGAAUAAUUUCAUCUGUGGCAUUGUCUAGUCAUGCAGAAAUCUCAGAGUACCGAAGAGAUAUUCUACAUGAACUGCAGGGCUGCAUACCUGGCGGUAUUAAAAUCCAGUUUAGCGAAUAUAACUUCAAAGGAGCAACUAUGUCUGGUCUUGCAGCAGGCUGGAAGAAACCCAUCCAAGAAGACCCUGGGAAAGUACUGGACCCAAAGAACCACGAAACUCAACUUUGAUGACUUUUGCGAAAUUCUUAGAAAAGAGAAACCAACAGAAGAAAGCGCGCUGAUGAAGGCCUUCAGCAAACUAGAUAUAAAUGGCCACGGAUAUAUUUUACACAAUGACCUCUAUAAAGUUCUCACUUCGAGAGGUGAAAAGAUGAGUCCUGAAGAGGUUAAUGAGUUUUAUUCAUUAGCUCAGUGCAAUAAAGAUGGGAGGUUAGACUAUGCACAGCUCUGUAGGCUGCUGGUGUCCACUGCCGAGCAGUGUCAGACUGCGGCCAUUGAGAAGCUUGAGUCUGAUGCCAAACUGAAGCAGCAGAAUUUUGGCAAUCAGACCGAGAUCUCCCAAAAGGACUCCACACCACAGGCUGUUCCUCCAUCACCCGAACUCCCCCCGAGAACAGAGCCAGACGCCACACCAAGGAAAGCAGAAAGCAGGUCGUCCUCACGCCCCUCUUCGGCUCGCAGUCGCCGAACGUCAGUGUCCACCAACAUCACCAUGGGAGCCAGCAGCAGCACCAAGAAUCUGUCAGAGCCCAAGUCUCUUCAGGCUUGGCAUCAUAUGAGCACUAAAGGUUGCUUCUUUUUGGAAGAGGAUAGUGAGAUCGUGUCUCUGCAAUACCGACUCCACCUCCCCCAAACCAGCACAGUCUUCCUGACCAUCCAGCCUCUCAACCUCAAUCUGGAGGACGAAAGGCCCUCCUCUUGGAUGGCAGUGGACACGGCUCUUUUCCUCGUGACUGCGAAUAAGACAAAGGAAGACUUAAAUCUGGUGUGCUUUACAGAGCACAGAGACAGAGAGAAGUUUGGCUGGAAGGGGGAGCUGAGUGCAGGCACCUACUACAUAAUGCCCUUCAGCACGGGCUGCAGGCUGAAGAGGAGCAGGGCUCCGGCGGCCAGGACCGCCCAACUGGUCUACAGGAGCGACGGCGGGGAGCUGGCACUCACCAAGGAGUUCAGGGCGGCGCUGUCGGACAUCUUCGAGGUCAUCGACCUGGACGGAAACGGGCUGCUCAGCCUGGAGGAGUACAACUUCUUUGAGCAGAGGACGAGCGGGGAGAAGUGUGACGAGGACGCCUGGGCCGUCUGCAGAGAGAACUUUGACACCAAAAAGAACGAGCUGACGAGACAGGGCUUCAUGGAGCUGAACCUCAUGGAGGCCAACGACCGCGAGGGGGACCCUGCAGACCUGUGGGUCACCCUGGAGUCCAUGGGCUACAACAGAGCCCUGGAGAUGGUGGAGGCCUGCCCAUUCCUCAUUGACAUUUACUCCGAGAAUACCCAGCCCACCGUCCAGCCAAUUAGCCUGGAGUCCAGCACUAAGAUCCUGAACACAGCCCUGCAGAAAUCGGUUAUGUCCAAAGGGGAGGCUAAGACCAUCAGAGGCCACGACAAUGUCAUUAUCUACACCAACAAAAGUGAGGCCAGGAUUUCCUCUGUCAUCGCCAACAAGUCUAGCCACAAAGUGACUGUGCAUGUGAACAAUGAGCAGAGUAAGAACUGCACCAGCAGUAGAGGCAUGAAUGUGUUCGCUGUAGAAGUCCCUGCAAGAACCAAAAUGGUGUGCCAACAUGUUGUCCCAAUCAACGAAAAACAGGAGUGGACCUACCACUGUGUUGAAAGCAUUGUGCCUUAAAUCCCGGACACUACACUGAUGGCUUUUUCCAAGCAAGGUGCAUUUAGCCCGGAAUGUUCUGCUCAUGUGCUAAUCAGUUGUCUUUUUUGAACCAACUUUUAUCUCAGAUUCUUGUUGUUCUACCAAUGCAGAACAAACAAUCACAGUCAUAUUCGGACGUGUGCCUUAUUGGUGCAGCGUACUCUUUCAGUUCCAGAGUUCACAGACAAGCAUGCACUCUCCACUAAAGUAUAAUAACUAUGUCUGCCAGCCAACACAUAUUUUCACUCUGCAGUCCUCCAACUGAAGUUCAAUCAUUGCAUCAGAGCAGUACGCAUUAUGCACAGAUGGUACAGGCAGACUUCACAGAGGACUGACGAUUGGCAUAAGACCGGGACAAUCCUGAUACUCUCACUGUCUGGGGAAUGCAACCUCCAAUUAUGCACAGCAAGGUGCCCCACAAUUUGAAUACUCAUUUAUGCAAUUUAUGUCAACAAUAUAUAACACAAAUAGCAGUUAAUAAACAGUUUCAUUGUGGCAUUCUUGAUAUUUGACACAAUUUAUAUUACGUAGGGUAAAAGUUAACUUUCUGCUUAUUUAAAGUAAAAUAAAUAGGACAUGCUACAGUAAUAGUUUAUUUAAAUGUGAUUGUCGUGAGUCACUCAGUUAACAUUGUUUCUCCACAAGUCUAUAUAUCACGUUCCUUCAUUUGAAAUAAAUAUCUUGAUAUGUAAUAUAAUACUUCAAUACAUUAAGCUAUAUCUGUCAAGUGUCCAAUGUGUUUUUUUUAAGCUCAUCUUCAUUAAAUAUAAUUUUGUAAAAUAAUUCCCUGGUCCAGCAAUUACUUGGUUAGUCAGGCAACUGUACUUACAAAUGUGUUAAUGAUAUCUUUCCAUUUUGUUUCCCUGUUUGUUUCAUAAAUAGACCGAAUGCUUAUAGCAGAUUGUUUGGAUAUGAUUUUUGAAUAACAUUUGUCAGUGGUGUUCUGUAUUAAUGUAACAGGAGCUUUGACUAACUGUGAGGAAACUUAUCAGCACAAUUUUUAGUCUGCAAAUUGUGUUUAAGCUUCUGGAUUUAAGGUGGAGUGUGUGUUGUAUGUACCUGCUGACCUCACUCUCUGAGUUUCUUACACUUACAGUAGACACACUCUGGGCCAGUUGGCAGUGUAGCACAUUCCUCAGCAUUACCCAUAGGUCUAAAAUUUAUACACCCUUGGCCUUUAAUGCCGGGGGUAGACUUGACCUUCUAUUUAUAUCAUUCGGGCAAUUAUUUUGCACUUUGACUUUCUCUACUGUAACUGUAGAACAGGCCUGCUAAAUGUCACAUGGUAAGUGAGAAGAGGCCCAACUCAUUUGCUGUGCUCUUUUUACUUUUCUCCAAAAACCUUUGAAAAUGUUUCAUAUUAUUUUUAAGUCAGCCUUGUUGCAAUCAUCAUAAGCUGUAAAUCAGUGAUUUAAUAAAGAUUACCAAUAUAAA